UAGCUGGGCUGGUGUAGUCGAACAGGGUCGACAGGGGCCCCUCGGCCCCUGGGAAACCAUGGCAACAAAUGGCCUGAAGAUAAGGGAGAAGAACAAGAUAGACCAAAUAAGGAAGAAACAAGACAUGCCACAUGUCCAUUGGUCAGGUAGUAGCCCUAAGGCAUGGGGAAAGUUUUAAGAAGGAUGUGCUCCUUGCAAUAAACGCCAUUUUACCAUACACCACAUUGGUGUGCACCGAGGUAGAUGGACAGACCGUUGAGUCCCUAACGAUUGCGAACACCUGGAUGAAGCCGGAGGCUGGUCCUCGAAGGCUUCAUUUGGUGACCCCGACGUGAUUGUUAGGGAAUAGUGGUCGGCCACAGGCGGCGUGGCGUUCCUGCUCUCUUCCAUCUCCCUUGGGGAAGGAGGCGAUGACCCUAGAAGAGGGGGCUGCGGCUUAGGAGAGUGGAAGCUGGGUAGCGUCGGAGGGGGCUCUGCGCGCGAGCCUGUUUGACCUGCCGAGGACCCAGGUGACCAUCGGGGGAAGAGCCCGGUGGUUGUGUGAUCCGCGGGAGAGUGCCCGGUGGAGAUCCGCGGGAGUACGCCCGGUGGAGGGACUAUGGAGGCCGUCAUAAAGGUGAUUUCGUCCGCGUGUAAGACCUACUGCGGGAAAACUUCUCCUUCUAAGAAGGAAAUAGGGGCAAUGUUGUCCCUUUUACAAAAGGAGGGACUGCUUACAUCUCCCUCAGAUUUGUAUUCCCCGGGGUCCUGGGAUCCCAUCACCGCAGCGCUUUCCCAGCGGGCGAUGGUACUCGGGAAGUCAGGAGAAUUGAAAACCUGGGGACUGGUUUUGGGGGCGCUGAAGGCGGCGCGGGAGGAACAGGUUACAUCUGAACAGGCGAAGUUUUGGUUGGGCUUGGGAGGAGGGAAGGUUUCUCCCACAUGUCCCACAGGAAAGCCAACUACUGAGCCUCAGGUCGAUGAGGAGAAAGAGAAAAUGGCUGCGCGCGUUAUGAUGGGCUUCGAAUUUAAUAACACCGUGAGAAACGGAGCGGGAAGCGUACUUUCUUGCAGCUCCCCUGAGGAAGAGAACACCGCAAAUAUGCCCUCAGCUAUGGCGACUAACAUCUCGUCCGCACCAUCGGCACCCCCUUCUGCUCCCCCCUCGGCUCCAGCUUCGCAUAAACAAGUAGAAGAAGACUGCGCUGAACUGUCUGCACUUUUAUCUUGCAAAACGGCUCAAGUGCAGGAAUCCAAGGUCGCUGAAACUCCCCAGCCGUAUCCAGGACAACCGCUGUAUCCUUCUCUGUGUAACCUAACACCACCUGUGGGGGCAGGGGGAAUAGUGAGCUGGGAUGGGACACUUGCUGUCUCCUCUCAGGAGGUGGAAUGCAGUAACACCCAGGGGGGUGGGGACUGCGGGCAAGGCUCGGGUACGGAUGGAGAAAGAAAUAACGACAGUCUCCGGACCCACUCUCUGCCACAGUGUUCAGACCCAUUGACUCGACCCACACAUCCUUUUACAAAAUUGAGUGCGCAUGCAACUAAUCAGAAGCCUCUACAACAGUCAGUGCUUGAUCAAAGGGAGAUGGGCACAGUGGGAGCGGUGCGGAGCCCGCAGCUUCCAGCUGUGACUGAAAAGGAUAGCGAAAGGAGAGAGGUGAAUCUGCAUUUGGGAGUUAAGAGAGAUGCACUAACAGAUUGUGGGAAGUUUAGAUCUAGCCUGAUAGAGGAAGGAAGAGCACUAGAGACCUUCCUGACAGAAGGGAAUGAUAACAGAGGUCCGGGAAGGGUAUCCCUUGAUCCGAAAGGCAUCACACACCUGAUAGAUUGUGCAGAGAAACGGGGAUUGAAAUCAUCCCUCACUUUAAAUGCAUUAGAAGUCCUGACAGCAUCAGGCCUUCUCUUUCCUCAUGUAACAAAUCUGAUGUGCAUGGUUCUUAAGCCAGUGCAGUAUACAUUGUGGGCAUCAGAAUGGUUUCCCUUCAGGGACAGGUGGCCAGAUUGAGGCCUGGAGAACAAGCAAGUCCAUACAGCUGGUUUGUGAGAGCAGUGCUCUCAAAGCCUGAGACAUCUGCCUUGAUAUUGAACAAAUGUUUGUUAUUUUUGAGGUACAUUCCAACAGGUACCUGAGACAAUGUUGGUAUAUAUUGGGCACAGAUAGUGCCACUAGAGCUAUCAGCAAUCACUCUAAUCUCUAAUCUCUCUGUCUAUAACUUUACUAGUAUUGUAGGAUGUGGCUUUAAUUAUUAAGUGUCGUGACAUCACAUCAGUUCUUGCAGGAUAAUUACACGGUGAUUAAAGACCUAUCACCUACUCCAAGUGGGAUGAAUCUCGCUUUGGCUUACCAAGGAAGGAACUUGGUAAGGAAGCUUUUGCAACAUGAUGACCUGCACCAAUCCUGAAACGUGACAGAGACAAUGGGCCGAAAACCUUGAUCACCAUUCACCAUGACCCAGAAGAGAUCCAUCGUGUCCUAGAGAGAGUAAAGAAGGACGGAGAACAUCACUUAUGGGAAGUGCUUCUGGGAUGGUCCACCAAUGCGACGGGAAUGUUUAACUCUGUUUAACUCUAUUCAUUAUUCAGUUAUAGUUGUAUUAGGUCUAAUAUUAAUACACUUUACGCUUAUAGUCAUAUUAUAUAUAGAUAUAUAGGUAUAUUACAGAUAUAAGUAUAGUGUGUGCUGAGACAAAUGAUCGUACAAUUAAUUACCGCAUAGAGUAUAAGAAAAUGCAAAAAGCUUGUAGAGAAGCAGAGAACGCAAUUGGAUAAGAUCUUCCAUGCAGUGGAGGGAACAGAUUUGUAUUAGGCGAAGUACGAAAAGGGUCCCCCCAUUGCCUCGUUUGCUCACCAUAAGGUUAGGAUUAGAAUUAUUUUGCGAAUCGGGAUGUAACGGGGCAAGGCUUAACUGAGAGGACAAUGGCAUGUAUAGGCGCAAUGCGGGGAUUUCGGGUUGUACGCGGUUAGGGUCCUCUCAGAAUGUAGUAGUUACGCUUAUGCAUAGGGAGGGGGAAAUGUAGUCGAACAGGGUCGACAGGGGCCCCUCGGCCCCAGGGAAACCA